GUACUAUAGAAAUUGAAAAUGAAGGGCAAUCUCGUAAUUAAUGAAAAAUUCAAGCCCAAACUCAUUCCAAACGUUCCUAUAUAAACCUCAUGAAUUCAUAAAACCAAAAAGUGUAGAACUUCAAACACUAGUACCAUAUAUACACAUGGCUUCCUUAUCCACACCACCACCUACCACCACCACAAUCACCACCGUCAAUGAAGGUAGCGCCACCUCAAUCUCCGCCGUCCACUCAGAUAUUCUUCAAACACAUAUCCUAACACGCCUUGAUGGGCCCACCUUAGCCUCCGCAGCUUGCACUUGUUCUCAGCUCAAUACACUAUCAUCUCAAGAGCCACUUUGGACAAACAUUUGCAACUCCACGUGGCCAUCCACCGAAACGCCACGUAUACGCCACGUCAUAUCCACGUUCCCAAACGGUCCCCGCUCUUUCUUCUCCGACUCCUUCCCACUCCUCACAAAUUUGGACCUCCCAAACAACUCUCCCCAGAGCCAUCACAACCGUACGUCCGAACUAAUCUCAGCCGUCGAUGUUUACUACAAGGGCAACCUCGUAUUCAGCAAAGUGAUCGAGACCGAGACAGUUACAGGUUGGUUUAAAUGCUCGCCGUUUCGGUUGGACCUUUUGGACCCCAAAGACGUGGUCCCCACACCGAUAAGGUUGCUGGACGAUGACGACGACACGUGUCGCGAUCUUGAGGAGCAUUUGGAGCUGAGCUGGAUCUUGAUCGACCCGGUCGGACGGCGGGCGAUGAACGUGUCGAGUCAGAAGCCAGUUUCGGUACAACGUCAUUGGUUGAGUGGAGAAGUGCACGUGCGGUUCGCGACAAUCUUAGCCGGCGACCACCACAGAGGAUCGUCCUCGGAGUUCGUGCAGUGUGGGGUAGUGAUCACGUGCGGUGGGUCCCAGGGAAGGGGGGUGCUGAUUAAGGAGAUGAGUUUGCAGGCGGAGGACAUGGAUGGGAUUCACUUGAAUGGGAAGGAAAGUUUGGUAAUUUUGCAGAGGGCAAUGGAGGGUAAAAAGGGAAUAAAGAGGAGGGAAGAGGAAGGAAGGAAAAGAUACCAGGAGUUUUUGGAGAGGAAGAAGGAGAGGAAAGAGAUGAAGCUAAGAACAGAACGAAGAUUGGAUAUGUUGUGCGUGGCUUUUGGGGUCUUGGGAUUUGCCACUUUUUGGUUAUUUGUUUUGUGCAGAUAAAAAAAAAA